AUGGACCAAGCAGACAUCCCCGCGCUCCUGUCGCGGCUGGCCUCCGACGAGGAUGCCGCCCGCAAGAUGGCCGUCUUCAAGCUCCAGUCCUCCAUAAACGACCCCGCCUUUGCCGACGUCUUCAUCUCCUCCGGUGGCCUCGUCGUACUGCGCCGCCUGAUUAUGAGCACCGGCGGCAACACCUUGGCCUACUCCCUGCAGAGCCUGACCCGCCUGCUCGAGGUUGACAUGGGCUGGGACAUAUUCGAGGGUCCCGCUGCCGGCGACCUCGUCGAGCGCGUCGUCGAGCUCAUCGUCACGAACCCCCUCGUCAACAUUCUGCGCGGCGCCAUGUCCAUCCUCGUUGCCCUCGUCAGCCACUCCCAGUCCGACGCCGGCGCACGCAACCCCGCCACCACCGGCGCGAGGCUGCCCGGGUCCUUUGGCUUCCGCGCCCUGAAGCCCGCCGUCGCCGUCUACCCGCACUUCUUCGAGCUCGUCAUUGCCCAGCUGCAGUCCGCCGACCACGCCCUCUGCGCCAACGCCCUCAUGCUCAUCAACGCCCUCAUCCGGGACGCUGUCUCGAGCGAGGCCGCCGCCCGCGAGGCCGCCACCGUCGGCCUGGCCACCAAGUCGUCGGCCGCCGCCGCCGCAGCAGCAGCGCAGGGCGCCCCCAUGGAGGAGUGGUCCAAGUUCAUCAAGCGGCUGCAAGAUCUCGGUCUUAUCAAGGCCGUCUACAACCUCAUGCAGAGCUCGGCCCUCCAGGAUCUCGCCCACCCCCUCCUUGAGUUUCAGUCCCUGACCAAGCUCCUGCUGCGCAAGUGGCGCGAGGUCCGCGUCGACGUCGAGCGCCCCGAGCACCGGAGAGGUCUCAAGGGCCUCCAUAUCGCGAGCGCGCCCGACCGCCCUGCCGUCAACGGCAUCGCGUCCAACAGAGACGACCCAGCCGACACGGUGGCAGCCAUGACGACAAGGAAGGGCAGUCGACGGCACAAUCCCGAAAAGUGGCGACGACUCGGCUUCGAGACGGAGAGCCCGGCCCAGGAAUUCGACGUGACGGGCUUCCUCGGCAUGAUGGACCUCACCGACUACGUGCGCAAGCACGAGGACGGCUUCCAGAAGAUACUCCUCGAGCAGUCGACGCGGCCCCUGCACGAACGCUGCCCCAUCGCGCGCGCCAGCCUCGCCGUCACCAUGAUCCUCUACGACCACUUUGACGUCGACAGGGCCGAGGCCGAGGAGCACAAGAGCUACCAGGGCCUCGACGUGUCGGCCAAGAACAACGACAAGCUCUUCCGCCCGCUGCUGCUGCAGUGGUCGCGCCUGCACACAGCCGGCCUGCUGGCCUUUUUCCGCCUUUGGAAGGCGACGGGCGCCGCGCAGGCCGACUUUGACAAGGUCACCGAGCUCGUGCGCAUCCUCGUCGAGCAGGUCGUGGGCCGUGCCGCCCGCACGCGCGACGUCCUCGAGGUCGAGGACGACCUCGCCGAGCACGACUGCGCCCGCCUGCGCGAGCUCCAGAUGGAGCUCCUCGAGCUCUCCUUCGAGGACGCCUGGGGCCAGCACCUCUACCAGGUCCGCGAGGAGCUCAAGCAGGAAGCGCUGCAGUUCGUCAAGGAGCAGCGCGUCCGCUGCCUGCUCCAGGGCGCCUGGUUCUCCAAGCCCCUGCCGCGCCGCGACACCAACGCUACCGACAGCGGCGACGAGCCCCCGCGCCGCAGGCUCUACACGCCCAUGCCCUGGCGCUUCGCCAAGCUCUCCCACAACCGCCGCUUCCUGCACUACGCCGAUUUCCUGACGCGCACCCCGCAAGACCCGGGCCUCGACACGCUGACCGAAAAGGUCGACCUCGGCACCAUCUCCUCCGUCGUCUCCAACGUCUCGGCCCCCGACGACGCCGCCAGCGCCGCGACCGUCAAGAACCUCCACGUCAACGGCCACAGCCACACCCACGUCAACGGCCACGGCGACGCGACGCCGACGCCAGCGACAGCCGCCGCCGGCCCCACGGGCUCGUCGACCAAGAUUACCAUUUUCCGCUUCGCCGACCCGUCGGACCCGAGCGCCGGCGAGUCGGCCGUCCUCGCCCUGCACCCCGUCAACCACAGCGCCGCGUCCGAGUGGCUCGACGGCCUCCUCAUGCUCCUCAACCAGGCGCCCAUCACGGCCGAGACGAACAAGCUCGUCGGCCUCGUCAGCGAGUACGGCCUCAAGAUUCGCCUGCUCAACGUCCGCGUCGAGGCCGCCUACGCGGGGCCCCCGCCCGGCGCCGGCGUCGUGCCGAGCCGCGCCGGCCUCGACGAGGACUACUACUACGAGGUGUAG